CCUCGGAUGAAUGGGGCCCAGGCUGGCUGCGAACUACAGCUCCUCGGCCGUCUGCGUUGGUGGCGGCCGCGGGGGAAGGGGAGCCGCCGGCGGCGCCGAAGGAGAGCAGCGCUGCGGCACUGUGGGGAUGUUCUGUGCCGCGGCGGACGCGGCCUCCCGGCUUCCUGGGGUGGCGGUUUAAGCGGGCGCCUCCUCUGCGCGCUCGCUCUCCCUUCCCCGCUCCGGCCAUGCGCCCGGCCUUCGCGGUGGGCCUGGUGUUCGCAGGCUGCUGCAGUAAUGUGAUCUUCCUUGAGCUCCUGGCCCGGAAGCAUCCAGGAUGCGGGAACAUUGUGACAUUUGCACAAUUUUUAUUUAUUGCUGUGGAAGGCUUCCUUUUUGAAGCUGAUUUGGGAAGGAAGCAGCCAGCUAUCCCAAUAAGGUACUACGCUGUGAUGGUAGCCAUGUUCUUCACUGUCAGUGUGGUGAACAACUAUGCCCUGAAUCUCAACAUUGCCAUGCCCCUGCAUAUGAUAUUUAGAUCUGGUUCUCUAAUUGCCAACAUGAUCCUAGGAAUUAUCAUUUUGAAGAAAAGAUACAGCAUAUUCAAAUAUACCUCCAUUGCCCUGGUGUCUCUGGGGAUAUUUAUUUGCACUUUCAUGUCAGCAAAGCAGGUGACUUCCCAGUCCAGCUCGAGUGAGAAUGAUGGAUUCCAGGCAUUUUUAAGGUGGCUACUAGGAAUUGGGGCACUGACUUUUGCACUUCUGAUGUCAGCAAGGAUGGGUAUUUUCCAAGAGACCCUAUACAAACAAUUUGGGAAACACUCCAAGGAGGCUUUGUUUUAUAACCAUGCCCUUCCACUUCCUGGCUUCAUCUUCCUGGCUUCCGAUAUUUAUGACCAUGCAGUUCUGUUCAAUAAGUCUGAAUUAUAUCAAGUUCCAGUCAUUGGUGUGACAGUGCCCAUCAUGUGGUUCUACCUCCUCAUGAAUGUCAUCACUCAGUACGUGUGCAUCCGGGGCGUCUUCAUUCUCACCACAGAAUGUGCCUCCCUUACCGUCACCCUUGUCGUGACUCUGCGCAAGUUUGUCAGCCUCAUCUUUUCCAUCCUGUACUUCCAGAACCCGUUCACGCUGUGGCACUGGCUGGGUACCUUGUUUGUCUUCACUGGGACCCUAAUGUACUCAGAAGUGUGGAACAACCUAGGGACCACAAAAAGCCAGCCUCAGAAGGACAAGAAAAACUGAGGUCUGCCUGGAGCAGAGACCAAUGUCCUAAUGGGCCAGGGUCUGGUGAAAGUCUGGCCACCAUUUCACACUCGUUAAUGCUGAAGUACUGAACCAGCCUUGUACCAGAGAAUCCUCAGAAGGAGGGACUUCUCAGAUUUCUUAAGUCUGUACAGACCAAGGUUUGCAGACUCUAAAUGGACACCCCUCAACCAUGAAAUAGAAACAAGAACAGUUCUCUGCUAUUAAACAGCCAGUUUGUUACUUGUUUUGUCUACCAAAAUAUUUAGUACUGUUACUUGUUUAUUGAAUUCUGAGUCCCCACAGCUACUAGUGUUAUAUGAGUGGUCUCAGACGAGUUGAUCUCUUGUUGCCUUUCUGAUGAUUCUCUGCCACACAGUCAUUACCCUCCUGUGGCCUCGUCCCUUCUUUCUGUCACCUUUCCACUCCCUCCCCCCCCCGCCACCCCCGCAGCACUGUCAGCCAGUCAGAUGCUCCAGGCCUCAUCCUUGGGACACAGCUGAGUGACCCUGUGAAUUGAGACCCCGGUGACACUGGGCCCGGAAAAGAAGCGGUUGUCCAUGUGAGCAGAGCCUUGUCACCCUGGAGCAGGGCCAGUGGGUAUUCUUUCCCCAUCUUGCUUUUUUUUUUUUUCCCUUAUGCAAAAGUCUUUUGCUUUCUGUGCUUAGAACAGACCCUGUGGCACAUCUCUAUGGCGCAGUUAAUAAGAAAGGUUUAUGUGAAUCAGGAGGGAGAGACGUUUUCCCUCCGUCUUGUACAUGGAGCCCUUCAGCUCAGAAUGGAGAUGGUGCUGCCAGGGUGGCCGGGAGCAGCUGACCCUCGGCGGCACCCAGAGAGCCCAAGCUCCCCUCUAGGCCUGGCCAGGUACGCGCAGGGCUGGUUCCCAGUGGGUGCGUUAACUCUUUGUAAGGCUUCUUAACCAGAGAGAUCCCGCUCUGCCUGUCAGUCUGAUAGAGUCAUGGGCAGUCAGGCUAAGGAGUAGACUAGUAUAUGGUGGGAGUGGUGGAUAAAUCAGGUCCAGUCACAAUGAAAAUGAAGGUGGAUUUUUUCUUUCCUAUGAGGUAUCUUCGUGUUCUUGGUGGGUAUUUACAGAUGGUUGGGAGGUAAUGUGUUCUACUGUGUAGAAACAUGAUGCCCUUUCUGGCUAAUCAUUUCGGAGGUGUGGUUUUUCCUUCCUGGGAUAAUUUUGAGAAAAAGAGCAUGAAAGUCUGUUCUUCUGUUUCCUCGUUCUUCACUCAGCCUCGGACCUUCGUUAACCUCACAGAGGUACAUGCACUUCCCUCUUUUGCACACAAAGCCCUUCCUUUUCCCUUUGGGCAUGGACUGUGUUCUUACAUUGCGAUGUGGUUCUCCAGAUCUCCUUGUCUCAUUCUGUGGUGUGGAUAUUUCCUUCUCCAUCUACAGCUGUUCUCUGAGGGGGUCUGAAAUAGUGUCCCACAACCAUUGGGUCGCUCUGGGGAGGUAACUUAAGCUGCCUCAUUGUUUCUCCAUGUUAGUCACUGGGUUUUCAGACUAAUUUGUUGUUCUGGAGGACAACUUUCCAGUGCUAAUAAUUGGUCUACUCUAAAAGAUGCCGAAUUUGGUGUGAACCCAUUCAUGGAAUCAAAAGGCAUUUUCUUUGAAAUAUGUAGAGUUCCUCAGGCUAUAUGAUGCUAUAAAUAGCUUGUGUUAAAUAUCCUCUUAAAAACAAUAAAAGCUGCUUUUUUAAAAAUCACUUAAUAGAAGGACCUGUCCCUAGGGGCUAUUGGAUUGCUAUGUAUCUGGAGUCUUAACAGGCUUUCAUAACUUAGUGUUAUCCUUUUUAUGUUGAUGAAAAUUUUUAGUUAUUGAAAUGGUUGGUGUACACAGGCAGCAUUUAACUGGGUCUGUUAGGUUUUAGAUUCUGGUUUUAGAAAGUACAUGUCCCUCUCAGUCUGAACACCUCUGCUGGUUUUAUUAACAAGAGGUUAUAUAUGGACAGAUUAUGGCACUUAAACAAAAAAUGAACAUAUGUAAGAACAGAAUGUCUGAAAUGCCCUGUGAGUUGAUUUUCUCUCUAGGGGCCAGAUGUAAGAAAAUAUGUCUAAUGGACACUAACACUUCCAUUAACAACUUUUUUUGGACCAUUUAUUUCCAUAGGAUAACUGAUUUUUCAAUCCAGGUUGAAACUAAUUUCAACUUUUAUUAAAGAGGCAAAUAAACCAUUUUGUAGAGGACCAGACCCAUGCAACUGAAGGAGAAAUGUCUACUAAAGUGCUUCUCCUCUUUCUCUGGGUCAAGACUAUGUAACUGUGUGCCCUAGACAUAGAGUUUGUUUACAAAAGAGAUUGGUGUUACUCUACCUUUAGAGCAAAGAUCAAAUAGCAGAGGAUACUAGCCAGAAAGUAUACUGUGUGUGUGUGUGUGUGUGUGUACAUGUGUAUACAUACUUGUGUACCCACCUAACAGCUUGACCAGUGUCAUAGAUAAAGUAACAGGAGAAAAUGGUGGAUAUCUAAAUUAAUGUAAUACCUACAUCAGCCUUUACACAAUUCUCUUGUCACAUUAUAAAUGCUCUUUUUCAUUUUUUAAUUUUUUUUUCUUGAUCCUUUUUAUUUUCCUUUUCGUCUGAAACAAUCAUUAAUGUACUUGGUAAGUGUCUAUCAUCAACUUUUAAAGUAUUUAGACACAAUCUAGUUUUUCCUCCUUCUUCCUGCCCAGUUAUCCAAUUAUGAAAUGCUACAGUACCUUAUUCUUGUGGGAAGAUUACCUGACAUUUUUAAACCAUUCUAAUAACAUGAGGUCAUUUCUUGAGCACCUUUCCUCCCUUCUGCCCUAUUUUGUUUCCCUCCUAAGCCCCACCUCCAGUGUCCUCAUUGCAGUCUCUGUUCACUUGUGUACUUUUCCACUGAAAAUUUGUAUAGUUUUCCACACCUGUAAUCUUGUAUCUGUUUAUGCCUCUAUUCUCUGGGGCCUCUCAGAUGUUUUUCUGGAUUUUUACAAGGUAUUUAUAUCUGUGUCACACGCAUUUUGUUAGACAUCGUUAUAAGCAUUGAUACUUGGAGUGUGAGAAGAUCUGGCCCAUAUGUGAAUAUAUGUAUAGAUAAGUAUGAACAUGAGGGUAAAUGUAAAAAUGUUUAUAUGUUUUGUUACCUGAAAGGGGGUGAAAAUCUUAACCACCAUGUUCUUCUGUAUUUGGAAAAUCAUGUUCUUGUUUGCUCUUUUCACCCCACCUUGAGCUCACUUUACUCACCAGUGCCAAAUGCCAGGGAGAGGGGAAGUGGAAAACCUCAGGAAUUAUUCAAAGCCAGUGAAUUAGCUGUGGGCUGGUGGAUCAGUUGGCAUGUCAGAGUGAAGGGGAGGAAGAAAUUUUCCUGUCCAAGGUUCUUCCUGCUGGACUAGGAACUAAAUUUACAUGAGACAGAUUAACAGGAGGAAAAAAAAAUCAGUUUUAUUUUGUGCACCCGGGAGUCCCAAUAAGGAAACUGAAACCUAAACAGAAGACCAAAGCAGGCAUUUUAAAAAUAUACACUUUAGACAGUAAACCUGUCAGGAGUUGACAGGAUAAAGAAAAUGGAUGUUUGGGAGCUUUAGUAAGGAAUUCGGGCUGUGGUAGUAGAUUAGUAAAAAUAUAACCAGGUUUGUUUCUGCAGCUUUCUUGGCUUUAAAUAAAGAUUAUUAUUAUUUUUUUUUUUUAGUUUUCUUAGUGCAGGGAGGGUACCUUUCACGUGGGAGACUUAUUUUCUGCUUUCAGGAGGAUAGAGGAGGGUCUGAGUAUCCUUGUACCUGCUGUUUCCCACAUAGUUUCAAUUCAAAAAUAAUGAGUAUGCCAUUGUGGUACAUUAUGGGGCCUGCCCUUGACCCCUGCGGUUCCCUCCACCGAAAUUUCCCUGGAAGUUUCACACAUCAAAAGUUCCAGAUUGUUCCAUUUCAAUGAACCAGGCUGGGUUCUGACAAUACAUCAGUUUAGUUAAACUCAUUUCAGGAGGUGGUGAUGUGUUCUCAGAGUUAGUCCAAUGGUUCAAAUCGGGAAUGAAUAAGCCAUUUCUGUGGAAACAAAAGCAAUGGUUAAUGAUUGGAUCAGAUUAUAAACCAGUUUCUGAGGGGAGCCAGUCGAGUGGAUUUCUGGAUUACUGGCAGUGGCAGUCUGAUGUAUUUUCAUGGUUUGUAAUUUGAGUUUCUGUGAUCUUUUUAAGUCAUCCGGAUUGUGUACAUGUGAGCUGUUGUCGCUUCUCUGAAGUUUAAGUUGUUUAUAUGCAGUUUGCAGGGCUUCAGGAAAAAGCACAGUUUUUGGUUAGCAAGCCAGGUAAAAAGGAUGGGGAAGAAAAACAAAAAUGUUAGUUGGGGGAGUUGUAGCCAGGCACUGGAGAAAACCAGAAGAAAUCAGGAUCUUGUCCAGUUUAUAAUGAAGUGUAUUAGAAUAUAGUAUUCACAAAGGUAUGUUAUUGAAAGUUUUUCUCUUUAUAAGCACACUCAUUUUUACCAAAGAUAGCCCAGUUGAGACUAAUUGGUUUGCAAAAUAAGUCUAGUUUUUUAGAACUUGGUCUGAUUCCUCAUAUAAGUGCAGCAAGAAUAGCGAUUGAUCGUAUAGGCUUUUUAUAAGGACUCUCCAGACUGCACUUUACAGCCUCUCAAGGUUAGAAGCCAAGCCAAAUACUUGCCACAGAUUUCACCUGUAACACCUGUAGAUUUGGAUUAAUUCUUUCUCAAGGUCCCCAAAGUAUCCCGAGGUUCUUUUUCCUGCCAGGAAGUGACCUUCUCUCCUCACCUGGUAAGUUUGUUGGGAACCCUGUCAGCAAGAUAUCAGGCUAUUUUUCCAGGGGGCUUUUUUGGCUCCAUAUAGUCAACCUUAGUUCCUUAAGCUCUCUGGUAAUAGCUGAGUUUAUGCAGGUCUCCCUCAAAUAAGACAUUCCAGUCAAAGCCUUGGUAAUAUCACCAGGGUUUCCAGUUGUUGUGUCCCGUUACUUAUUGAACUUAUGCAAAUGAAUAUAUUAUGAAAAUAUAAGAAUACUGAGAGUUUUUGAAUUCCUAAGGGAUCAGGUAGAGAGAAGAUAAAUAUUUUAUUCACAAAGGUAUAUUUUAUCAAAUUGCUGUGAGUCAUCUUGAUUUCUUUAAAUCUGGAUAAACAAUGUUUCAACAAAAGAAAGUCAUAAGAAUUAUAAUCAUCCUCAAUUCA